AGUUUUCCCACACUUUCUCUGGCCCGCUAAUCUACGUUGGUUGCGCUUUGCGCUGGCUAGUGGCUUGUUGUCCGGCCCGCCCGCGUCUGUCAGCCUUUAGUAUAUCGGGCCCGGCCGCGCCCCUGUGUCAGUGCAGUUGGUUGGGCCCGCCCGCUCCUGUAUGAAUGCAGUGCGUGUCGGGCCCGCCCGCUUCUGUUUCUCGGCGCAGUUUCCGUGUGAAGCGCGCUCCCGCCGUUAUUGCCAUUCGGUGUGUGUCGGUUCCGGAGCCGUCUCUCCCGUACGCAGGGCAUUAGCCUGAGAGGCAGUGUGUGUGAGUUCUCCCCGCCUCCCUCCUCACGUGUCCCGGCGGCGGUACAGGGAAGGGAAGGCUCCUCACAUGACCCGUCUGUUUGGCCCCGUGAUCAGAACAAGCACCGCCGGCCCUCCCGCCUCCCCCUCUCCGGGCCGCCCCGGGCCCCGGGCCUGCACCGCCUGAACCGGGGGGGAACCGGGCCCAACCUUCUGCCCGCUGCCUCCCAACCCCGACGCUCGACACAUGGACAUGCUAGAUCAGGGCCUCGACUCCGCCAGUCACGACAAAGGACAGGACACGGAAGAAGUUGUAGAGUUACAUGAAGGAGAUGACACGAGUGCCGAGGAACACACUGCCGUGGCCAUUGCUACUGUCCAACAAGCUGCCUUCUCAGACCACAAUAUCCAGUAUCAGUUUCGCACAGAAAACAAUGGAGGACAGGUGACAUACAGAGUUGUCCAGGUGACAGAUGGUCAGCUGGACGGCCAGGGGGAUGCAACGGGGGCAGUCAGUGUCGUGUCAACGGCAGCCUUUAGCGGCACCCAGCAAGCUGUAGCACAGGCUGUGAUCCAGAACCCAUUCAGCAACGGAGGAAGCCCUACAACUGAUGCAGUUAGCGGGGAGGCACGCUUUGCUUACUUUCCGGCUUCCACGGUGGGGGACACUACAGCAGUGUCUGUGCAGACGUCUGACCCUUCCCUGGCACAGGCAGGAGGGCAGUUCUAUGUCAUGAUGACCCCCCAAGAUGUUCUUCCUGCUGGAACACAGAGGACGAUUGCUCCACGGACUCAUCCCUAUUCGCCUACUAAGAUGGACGGGAACAGAACCCCUCGUGAUGAGAGACGCAGAGCUCAGCACAAUGAAGUGGAGAGGAGACGGAGAGACAAGAUUAACAACUGGAUCGUUCAGCUGUCAAAAAUCAUUCCAGACUGCAACACGGAAAGCACCAAAACUGGCGCAAGUAAAGGUGGCAUACUCUCUAAAGCCUGUGACUACAUCCGCGAGCUCCGGCAGACAAACCAGCGCAUGCAGGAGACCUACAAAGAAGCCGAGAGACUGCAGAUGGACAACGAUCUGCUGCGACAACAGAUCGAAGAGCAUAAGAACGAGAAUGCACUUUUGAGGGCGCAGCUACAGCAGCACGGUAUUGAGGUGGUAGAAGAAUCUCAGAGGCAGUGACGUUCUUCACUUUACCCACCAAGGAAACCCGUUUUAUGGGGGAGUAGGAGGAAAAUGCCACACAGCGGAACUAUCAGCACCCUUCCUUCAGUGACCAUCUCACUUGCCACUACCCCUUCAUUCAAACCACACCCCCCCCUCCAGCUUUUUUUCUCCUUUAACUUUAUGGUGUCAAAAAAUGUUUCCCUGAUCCUUCUAAAGGACUUUGUGGAUUGUUAGCCACGAUGGGGGGGUUUAAACAAUAGCCAUUUACACUCUGUGGAGAGAACCUUUUCACCCCCCCCCCCCUCCCCAUUCCACUGCAGAUUGGGGCCUGCGCACUAUUGCAAUGCAAUAUGUUCCAGGUCUGUGCUUAGCAGCAGAAGGUUAAAGUAUUGCUUUACAUUUUUGUUCUUUUUUUAUUAUAAAUAUAUAUAAAUAUGAACUUACCUUAGACUUUUAGCAAUUGAAUAUAGGUAAUACAACUUUGUUUUUGUUUUUUUUUUUUCAUUUUGCUUUUUAAAACUAUUUUUAAACCCAUGUGUGUGGAGGAGCAGAUUGUAGUAUUAGUUGCCCUUAUGCUCUCCGUUAAAAGCUGUGGUUUUUUGUUUUUUUUUCCCCCCCUCCCCUUGCAAAAAGUUGAUUGGUUCUGCAGCCCAGAAAGGAUCAUGCAGUAACUCUGCAGCUUACAGCGGCUGCCCACGUCUGGAUGCCAAGCGCUUUCAUUUUUGCAAGGAAAUCAGCAGGAGCUGUAUACUAAGCAGGGCCCGCUCCGUGCAUCUAUGCAUCCCUGUACAUUAUUCUGCUUUUUAAAGGGAAAGUACUACCAAAAUGAGUUUGGAUGAACAUCUUUACAAUUAAAGAGUUUGCAUUUCCUUCUAAA